UUCCGUCUGGACGUGCCAGGGGUCUCUGUUUGACUGUGGCGAGAUCGCAGCGCGCGCUUGUGUCACUUUGGCGCCCCAUCGCUGGGGACUUUCGCUUUUGGAAAGAAAACCGGGCGGCUAAGGCCGGGUCGGGUCGAGCCAGUCGAGUCGAUGAUAUGUGAAUAUAGCUACACGAACGGAAUGUUUGGGGACGGUUCUGCUUUGAUUCUGUUUUGACCAGGUGUCGACAUAUUUCGUAGAAUAUUGGAAAACGAAAUAAACAUCUUUCCGCCUGAAUGCACCGGCGAGUUUUACGACCAGAUUUGAGGGACUAAAUUUUGGGAACAGAUAGGACUGAACGGAAUCCUCCUUUGUUUGCGAUUCGUAUAUCUCAAUGUUUGAAAACAGCGGUAAGCUGGGGUAAUUCCUUCUUUGAAUUUAGCGAAGGUAGAGAGAGAGAGAGACUUGAUAAACGUACAUUUGGAAAAGCUAGGCGAUGCAAAGCGGUUCUACGCGCGGUGAGUUGUCGACCCCCGGAGGCGUUUGCCCGCAGUCGAGUGAAUUAAAUCAUCCGGAAAACGUGAUUAAUUCUAUCUUCCGGUUCAAGGUCCCAUUCUUUGGACACGUUCGGCAAACGUGAAAACACAACAAAAGCUGAAAGUGUGAAAAUUUUCCCUCAUCGGUUAACCGAAAGCGCGAAGGGAAGUAAACAUAAAAAUAUAAAUAAAAUAUAAAUAAGAAAUUCGAGAUAAGCGAGCUGGGGAGUAAAACGGUAAACGAGAAGGGGAAAAAACGAACGAAAUCCUUCUUCAGCAACACGCGGCUGGAAUCGUGAAAAUUAAAUUAUUCCGGACACGGUGUUACCUGGAAUUGUGUGUAUCCGUGAGUUGCGGGAGGGAUUGCGCUAAGGUGUGUUUUUGGGGGCAAAGCGGGGAGAGAGAAAGAACGGAAAACAUCCUUCCAGCGGUUGCAAAUUUCUUGUCUGGUCUGGCCCGAGGGUAUGCGUUGGCGGAAGGUUCUUUGAAGAUCGACAGCGCGAACAGCAAGGUGCGAGAUGCUGUGAGUGAAGUGGUUCUGGUCUUGCGUUUUUUUUCCCUCGUUUGCCUACACCAGCAGACACGUCAACACAGUUAAGGUAAAAAUUAAAAUUCAUACGAAAUAAAAUUCGCCUCGAUUGCAAUCGCUCUUUCCUGAUCCGGCGGAAACAUACACACCCACACCCACACAAACCGAAACUCUCGGCUGAGAACGAAGCGAAAGUGCAAGGUUCAAGUGAAAUAGACGGAGAAGAGCCACCGUAGUGUGUCACCGGGUCGUGUGUUAGGUUUACGUGUGUACCGCUGUAACGUUACGGGUCGUGAAAAUUUGCCCCCAAAAGUAGCGGGUGCGACAGUGCGGAAGCAGGAGAAGAUUUGUAUUUUUUGUGCCCUGAAAACCUGGUGAAAUUACGAUUGGUACGUGCCAGCUGAUUUCAUUUCUUCCGGAACGUGGCAUAAGAACAUACCUGAGCCGGUGGGGGCGCAAAGCAACGGGCCGAAUAGCGAAGAGAGGCGCCGCAACGUUUGCAGGCCCAUCUUUGACGCGGACUGAUCACCCUGGAAUGACUUGUUGAGCCAGCAGAAAUAAGGACAGUAACAGACGAACCAUUUUCUUUGCAAGAUUCUCGGAUGGAUGAGUGGAAAUACUUAAUAGCGCUCCUGCUUGCGCUGCUAAGUUAUCGACUCCCAACGGUGGACGGUGGUAAUGGAAGUGGUGGUGGUGGCGGAGGAAGCGGAGCCGGCGUCGGAGCUGGCAGCAGUGGAACGGCUAGAUCCGGACGCGAACGUUUCCCACCGCAAGCGAUAGCCUCGCUGUCGUCCGCCUCGAUAGCUGCGGCUUUGGCCGCUCGAAACAGUAACGCCGCCGCAAGUUCGUCCACAUCCGGUGGCGGAGGCUCCGGUAGCUCAUAUACACCGACGGCCGCUCCCAUCAGUCGCUGUAAUUUGGCUCAGUUCCGCUGCAGGAAUGGAACUUGCAUACCACUUUCGAAGUACUGCGAUGGAAGCAUCGAUUGCAUCGACAAACACGAUGAGCCCAAGUUCUGUACAGCAUGCAAUCGAACGCUGUACGGAGAAGUCGGGCGAACUUAUGAGCUCCAACUUCAGCCCCACCAGUUGCAGCAGUACCAACAGCAACAGAACGCAAAUACACCGUUCCUGUGCCACCUCAACUUCACCGCUCCCGGCGGAGCAUACGGUGAUAUCGUGCAGCUCAAUUUCGCCAAAUUUAGCAUCGGGAAGUUUGUGCCCAGGAUGGAUCUUGGCGGUGGGGUCAUGGGUCAGCACCAGCCAGGCUACGACCAGCAACAGCAGCAGCAGCACCAACACGAGGCUUGUUUUGAGGGUUUUAUGACGAUUCGCGAACAGGGACUACCCAACCUGAACGGGAAAUGGUGCGGAACUGCUUCCGGAUAUACGAUCUACUACAGCGAGACCAGAUCUGUUAAUGUGAGCAUACGAAUGAAUCGACUGCCGGUGAUCGGAGGUGGCGGCAGCGGUGUCAGUGGGUCUGCAGGUGGUGCAGGAGAAGGCGGAGGAGUCGGAGGAGUCGGCGGGUUCGGUGCAGCAGGAGGUGGGCUGGAGUUUCGAUUGAUUUAUAAAUUCCUGCGCCACACGGAUGCGAAGUUGAGGAACGACAACAGGAUAUGGAAUGGUGACCUCGUACCGGGAACGUACUGCAACAGAAAUUUUUACGACUGCGACAAACGAAUCUGCCGAAUACGAUCGCCCAACUAUCCCGGCAUUUAUCCACGCAAUUUAACAUGUAAAUAUUAUAUCAAUCAUCGGACGCCACCGAGUGGUCUCCACGCCAUGAUCGUCCUCCGCCAGCCCGAUGGACACAAAUUAAACAUAAAGGAACAGGCGACACAUCACGAGGCGAACAAUAGGAUUUUGAGGAGUUGGGAGCAAUGCGACGCCGAGCAGGACUAUCUCACGAUACAUGACGGCAAAACACUGGAGGCACCGAAGAUUGGAAGGAUUUGCGGCGGCGAUGCGCUGCCGGAUAUUGUGUCCAGCGGAGCGGAUAUGGUGGUUCAUUUUACCACCUCACCGUACGAUGUGCCCUUCCAUCCGAACCCCGUUACGUUUCUGCCCGGAUUCGAACUGGAAGUGCAUAUCCUUUACGUCAACUCCAACUCACAGUCAUACAUUCGUCAGCCCGGGCGCUGCGAGUUCUCCAUUAGUGCGUUCGAAAGCCAAACCGGAGAGCUGGAAAGUCCCCAGCAUACGCUUCCGCCGGAGAGCUCGUGCAUCUAUCAUUUCCAGGGUCGACGCCACGAAACGGUUUGGAUUUCGUUCAUCAAGUAUCAUUCCGCGAUUGAUCCUACCGGAUUUGAGUCACCGUCAGAGUGCGUCACACAACUGCGCAUUUGGGACGGCCGAUGGUCUGUUACUUCGAGACCUUACGUAUUCUUAGCCUCCCAUCCAGAGUACACCCGGAAUGCCAGCUUGAUAGAGCAGAUUUGCAGAGAGGAGGUUCCACGACUUUGCUCCCGGUCCCUGGUAGCUAAGGGAAGUCGACCCUGUUCAACGCAAGAAAGUUACCUUUCAACGGGUUCGGAUCUGACCAUCGAAUAUCGACCCAGCCCAAUCGGUACUGCUCGACUCUACGGUCCGGCCUCAGCAUUUAAGCUACGCUAUGAAUUCGUUGACAACUCGCUUGGGGGUGCACCGCUGGAGCCACUUGUGGCUCCUUCAGCUAUGCCGGAACCCGCUGCGCUGGUCCAGUUUCAUCCGAAAUCGUGCGACCGAGUGUUUCGAUCUUCGUCCGCCUCCAGAGGAAUCUUCCGAUCGCCAUCCAACGUGUUCCUAUACGGAAGAGGAGGUUCACCAAACAUUUCCUGCACGAUUCGAUUCGAAGCGGGAAUCGGAGAAAGCGUAAGACUCUCAAUUACCCGGGCCCGAUUUGGUGGCCGCUCGUGCCAGAACAUGCAGAAUCGCUCGGGUCGUUGGCAUUGCAACCAUCAUAGCGGCCCCAUAGCCGACCUCCGCAUCAGUGAGGUUCCCUGGACAGAUAUUCCACCACUGCCACGGGACUGUCUCUGCUCGGACGUUUCCACAUCCAUCAACCUCGCUCCGCUGGCGGCGAGUAUCGUCGAGGUCCGGUUCACUGCCAUGCAGAUGGAGGUGGACCAGGACUUUCGAGAUUUCUACUUCGAGGGACGGUACGAGUUUGAAAAGGACGGCUGUGAGACCGAUUGGAGCGAUCGCAGGCUUCGAGGACGUAGUGGAGACGCUUUCCUCAAGCCAACCCCAUGUCCGGCACUGAUUCAACCGUGGCUGCUGGAGCCGGAAACCGAAGGUAGCUAUUUGGUGCUAAAAAUGAAAGGCUUCUGGAUGCCACCGUUGCUACAUUCCGCACCUCCAUGCCCGACAGACGCUCGAAUCACCGUGUACUCGACGAACAAUCCGAAAAAUUCACGCGACUUAUGCCCAUCUGGUCCGGAUGUGGUGGCCUUCUCCGAUGGUUGGGAUAGCGCUUACGAGUUUAGUGCACUGGAAAUUUCCAAGAACCUGAUCAUCGAGUUCCGGAGCUCCCGGAAACCACGGGACAUCGAAGGCAAUGAAUACAAAUUCUCCUGGAUGGAAAUCUAUCCGGGCAACGAUUGUCACCACAAAUGUCAAGAACUGCAGGCGUGCAUCCCUUCGGAACUGUGGUGCGACGGCAAGGUACACUGUCCGUCCGGCCAAGACGAGAGUCCCACCGAGUGUGACAUCCGAUUGCCGCUCUCACCACUGCACGUGGGUAUCGCUGCAGCCACGCUAACGUUGUUCCUCUCGUUGGCGGCCGGUCUGACGGCCUGUGCCCGGCGGAAGCGAGUGGAAAAGAAGCACCAGCUGCAGAAUCAUAUGGAUUCCAACGGACGCUACUCGCACCAUCCGCCGUAUCCGCACUCGAAUCCCCACCAUCACAUGGCCAGCAGUCACACUCUGACACCCAUCUAUCUGGACCCAACCAAGGAUAGCUUCUGUUGACAAGAGCUGGAGACUUCGGUGUAGCCCAUGCCGAAGUCCCAGGAUUUCUAUUACUUUGCGUUCAAUCGCUAGGGGGCGCCACCGAGGGCGAGCGAGCCGAGAACCCGGGAACGAACGAAAUGUGUGAAACCUUGCGGCCGGCGCGGUGGGUGGACAGAAAACAGCAUCCUAAUAGCUCAGAAAUGAACGAAUUCUGGUGAUAUUAAAUGUAGUAGGGACAACAAAAAGAAAUUAAAUAAAGAGACAGUGCAAGUAAUUACGGCAGAAAACAAAUCGGCAGUGUGUAGAUCAAGAAAUCCAAUAAUUAGGGGAGAAACCAAUUGACAGAACUAAACUAGAAGUAGAUUAAUGACCUAUCGACGGGAAAUGGCCGGAGGAGUCAAUAAAUGCGGGAAUACAAAAAAGAAAGUGAACGAGCAAUCGAGCGUAUGUGUGUAUGUGCGCGGGAAAACAAGCGAUUGGCCCAAUUAAAAAAGGGGAAUCACAGCGCGAGGGCGGUGUCAGCUGCUGAUGGAUGAUUCCUAGGUCGUGUCUCGGAAUUCAAAAAUCGCGGUGGGUGGUUUGUAGGUGUUUUGCAGAAGAAUUUGAAAGGGUAUUUUAGGUGACCGUAAUCAGUGGUAAUUGGUUCAAUAGUGAGAAAUGAUAAAAUUUACCUGAGUUAAUGCUGCAACCUGUAAUAACAACUUAAAUAUAUAAAAUUCACAUGGUGAUUGAUAAUGAAACACUAAAGAAUUACAAAAUUCCUUUUUUUUUUCUAUUGAACGCUUACAGAUUGGGAUGUUUAAAAGGAUCAAAUAUUUUCAAAAUUUAAAAAGGUUCUUUGGUAAAAAAAGAACAACAGAUGUUUUAUAAAAAUUAUGAUUUUUCGAUUAUUUGAUAUUUCUUCUCACAGACAGCAUUGUGGAAAAGAGCAUAGGAACUGGUUGUUAAAAAUAAAUACUACCACAGGAAUUGAAUUGGAAUUGAUUGAAUUAGGUUUCAAUUUGGAAUCCGUUCUUUUUUUUCUUCCAAAAUUUGAAUAUUUUAUUGCAAACAAACGGUUGUAUUCCCGUCGUUAGCCACAAAUUUUUCCAUCAUUCUGAAAGCAUACGGUUUUCUCGUCUAACCUAUUGGUUGGUCCUUCCAAGCGAUCCACGAAUCUAUUCAGUUCGUAAUCUUGAAGUAAUAAUUGAUAAUUGCAAUCGGAACAAAUAUGAGCCGGAAUUGGUUAAGACUGGAUAAUAGGGCGAGUGGAGUAGAACGUCCCAUUGAAACGAUUACAGGUAAGUUCAAACGGCAUGAGCUACAUGUGGCCAAGCGUUGUCGUGUAUCAAUAUCACCUUAUCGCGUGUUCGCUCAUAUUGCGCAAUGUUUCCUUCAAUGCUCGACUCAAUGUCAUUGUGUCUUCGGUUCCGAGCUACUGAGAUUGUUUCAACAAUUCGAGUUGUCGAUUGAUACACUUUUCAUCUGAAGUAAUAAUCCGAUGUUAAAUGAUGCUACGCAAAUGAUUCGAAAUGGUCUAACGAAUUACGCCUAGUGAUUCUGCUGCCGCUUGCUCGCUUGCGUUUGAAUUGGAACCAGUCUUCAGAUUGCAACGCGGUGCUGAUGUGUAACAAUUUUUUUUUUGUACUCAGUUGAGCUUCCACUCCUUAUAUACACAUGCGCUCUGGCGAACGAGCACGCUCCGAAACACAGAUCAAAUGUUUCGUUGUCAGCACUGUUUUUGUACCGAGUUUUGACCCGUAUUUCUACAUCUAUUUUGGACCGCGCUUGCGUCUGGUUUGCUUAUUCUGUUGAGUUAUUUUUCUUCACACAAGCGCAUACGGUUGCUAUGGAGGCGCGCUAUUGUUUUUAUACUUUGCUGAGAACGAGCGAAGACAAAGCGGGCGUUAGAAUUUGAUGUGUGUGUAAAAAAAUUAGGCGCAUAUAACACAAGUGAGAAACGAUGUUAAGUAUCUGAAUUUUGCGCUGUGUUCAUUCGGCGCUCAAUUGUUUAUGAGUUUGGUACACUCCGUACCAAGAGAGACUACGUGCUUGCUAUGAACGCGCGCUGAUGAAAAUUGAACUCAAGUGCAGCACAGCGUAUGUUUUCUGAAGAAUGAUUGGAACCUCAUUAACAAUUACCUUCAAUUCUGCAACUUCAAACUUUUUUACGGGGUUUUCCUUGUUUUCGAUAGUAAAAUCUCCACCUACGAAGCGUUGAAACUAUUGGCAACACAUUAUACACUAACAGCAAUCUGACCAAUCGAAUCAAAAAUUAUUUGUUGCGCUUCAGCCGCAGAUUUUCUUCGAAUUCAACACAGAAACCAAAAAUUCCUGCAAAUGAACCAUUUUUGACUCGAACACAUCUAUUUUCUCGCACAGAAUAUAGCUCAUUCUCAAUCGCAAAUAAGGUGAACUGUUUAAAAGUACUUAACCUCACGUUGUGCCGUUUUUACUAAAAAUUAUUACUGUGUUUAAAAUUAUUUUCUCUCCAAAUGUUGGCAAUUAUUCUCUUCAUAACAAAAAAUCUAAGUUUAUAUAGUGAUGGGCAAAACAAAAUCCACCCCAUUUGAAAUCAAAGUGUCCAUCAAAGUGGGGCAAGCCGUGCUGCUGUCCAGCUGGUCAUUCGGAAGCUGAUACCAAAGACCCCCAUAGCAAAAUUUCUUUGAAAAUCUUCAUACAUAAUACUUACCAAUUUAAAUACUUUGCGGUUGAUGAAAUGAUAAAACUUGGCCUUAUUUUCUUAUUAAAAUUCAACAAAAUAAAUAUAUAUAUGAAAUGUAGUAAUUAUUAAGUAAUUUUUAAUAAUUUUUAAAUACACAUUACUUACAAAUACUUAAGUAGGUAAUUAAUUUUUGAAACUAACUUUAAAAUCGAUAAAAAAAAGAUAGAAAUAUGUUCCAGAAAAACGUGAUAAAACUACGUCAAAAACUAUGGGUGGGUUAUACCUAAAAUACAACCGGACUACCGUUGGCUUAGUAGACAUUUGAGUGUAUUGAUUGAAUUAUUGAUUAAACCAGUGAUUAAAUGAAAGAAUUUCCGAAUUCAGUACGAACAAAUCCCAAUUUAGGUCAAUUCAUGUAUUUUGAAAAGAUUACUUUCUUUUUUGCAAGUCGUAUGGCAUGAUGCCUUGUUCAUUUCAUUCAUCUCUCGUGGACUUCCAAAAUAUGUGAACGAAAGAAUGGCUGAACGAUCAAUGUAUCUUAAAUUUCCCUCUGAAUUUAUUGCAUCUCCCAAGUGUACGUACUUCUGGAACCGCAAAUUUGCUUGAUUUGUUGAUCUUCAAGCACUCAGUUUUGAUUUUGACAUGUAAGUUGAACGCAUAUUGUUCAAUCGACGUUAUCGCAGCAAAUUGUUAAUUGUGAAAUCUGUGAAGAUUCAACGUGGGUACAAUUCAAGACAACUGCAAUUAGUCCAAUUCCACUGAAACGCAGAAUACACGCACGAGUAAGGUCGUGAGCUCAUUUAGGCAAUAUUCCUCAGCAAGUGGUAGACAUAAUCCCAUGAAAGUCUAGUGCUCUAGUGCUAAGCUCUUUCCGCAUAUGUUUCCGGACAGUGGAAUGGUACCAAAAAGCUCAGUAGAACUUAAAUGAGCUUCCGGAUCACAUAUGAGUGUCUUAGAAUGCAAGGGGUGUAAGUGACUUGAUCGAUUUCUCUUCAUCGACUUUUUCUUUAGUUAAUAACUCAACUGCAAAUAAAUUCCAAUUUAAGUUCGCUAUAGAAUCCGAUAGAUGGGGGUCUGACCUAUCUUCCACAUUGUCAAAUACAACUGGGAAUGUAUUUGCAGCUAAGUUAUGACCAGAAGAGAGAGUCGAUGUAGAGAAAUCGAUCAAAUCACUUACACCCCUUGCAUUCUAAGCCCCUCAUAUGGUAUUGAGCCAUAAUUUUAGAAUGGCAUCCUUCGUUUACUCGAAAAUUGCAAGGAUAUCGUUAUCGGGCUCGGCGAAACCUUAAAUAAGAUUUCACGGAAGCAACAGAUGAAUGUUAGCGUCCGUUGUUGGAAAGUAACGAAGGGAACGGUGGAAUCCGAGUACAUUUGCUCAGCUUUUCUAAGCUCAACGCGUGCACUGGACUUGUACGACGGAUUGGAGAUUUUGAAGCUGAACCUAGUUUGAAGUGGGUCAACUCAGCAUUGACGGUCCCCAUGUUAAUUGGAGAGUAGUGAAGUUGAAUGAAGAAAUUCGUGAAAUCAGAAGCAGCCAAAACUACGAGCUCACGAAUAUAGGUAGCUGCAGUUUGCAAGUUUUGACAAUUCAUUCAAAGAAGGAGUGAAAAAGAUUGUAUGGAAAAUUGAUGAAUUCCUCCAGUGCUUGUACAGCCUGUUUGAGAACGUCCCGUUAAGAUGUGCUGAGUAUUCUUGAACUAUUGGAUCGGCUGAAGUUUUGCGGAGUAAAAUGGAUCGAAAAUCAACCGAUGGUAUAAAUAGCCAUUGACAUGCUGCCGUACCUUAAAUGUUUUCACAGCCAGUAGCUUUAGAGUAGUUGCAAAGGCUUUUGAGGAUAAAUUGUUGGGGGCUUUUAUUAACAUCAGCUGCUGCAGUUCAACUAUUUAUGACGAGCUUUCCGAGUGACCAGCCCAUAGCAUCUUAUCUAUUCGAACUGACGAACCUUUUUAAACCAGUAAUGAAUAAAUUGAAUGAACAGCACUUUUGAGAGGGAAUCUGAAGUCCCUUGUAAACGUCGAUGUUUCCGAUGAUUCGUUUCUGCUUAGCAGCGGCUGAAAUUGAAUUAAGAUUCGCUGUAAAAGUUGCAAUCAAUUGUGUUGUGGAAACAAUCAAGUUUAUGAGAUAAAUACCUCGUCGACCCCUAAAAUCAAUUUUCGUUUGUGUCGACCCCUUGGAAACCGAGAUCGACCCCAGGGGAACGAUAUCGACCACUUUGAGGAACCCUGCUUUAGAUGGUCUGCAGCGGGGCCGAUCCACCGGCAAGAGGACCGAAACGUAAGACUGAUGCAAGAACGGACACGCUAAUCAUCCGGGAUGUAAUAAAAAAAAACGAACGACCAUUCGGACGAUUAAAAAAAGGUUGGAUCUGGAACAUUCCAAUCGCAAAUGGUGUGGCCAGCCCAGAGCCUCGACUUGAAUCCUAUUGAGAAUUGAUGGGUGAUUUUGGACAACAAGGUAGACAAAACUGACGUUACGAACAAGUAAAACUAUUUUGUUGCGUUGAAGAAGGCUUGGGACGAACUGAACCCCCAACACCUCCGGAAUUUCAUGGAGAGUACGCUAAAUUAAAAGCGUUGUCAGUCGAGGCCAAAUGACAGUGGAUAUUUUUUUGUGUGAUAUCUAAAAGUUGUGUCAUAUCUAAAAGUACCCAAACGAUACUAAAAUGACAAAAUGGUCUACUAGUAACCUACUUUUACAUUGUAUUGACUGGAAUACCGAAAAGUUUGAAAAACUUUUAAUAUUUGAAUACAUUGGUUUCAAAUGGAAAUGGAUUUUUUUGCGCCCGUUUUUAUGCGUACGCAAAUAUUACUCUGUCUGUUUAAAAAAAAACGCCAAGAUCUGGUGUCAUUUCGAAAAAAAAUGACCGAAAAUCGACCUUUGGGACCCGAAUGGCCAAAAAAUAAAAACUUUGAGUGCUUUGAGGCACCCCUAAAUCAUGUCCGAUUGAGCUGAAACUUUGCACAGGUCAUUUUUUUUUUUGGGCCAAUAAACAAGUUGUACAUGGUCGCUUUUUGAAAUUUCACUGCCACCCUAGUGUAGUUACUUCACGAAAUUCCAUUACAAUAACCGAUCAUAAUUGACGUAACGUGACGCGAACCUGACGUGGAUGUUGUGUGUGAAUCGCACUUAACGGCCAAUCAUAUCUCUCCUGGAAACCCGACAUCUCGCGUGGUUCAACAUUCUUGUUGUUUGCAAAUGGUCGGAGAAAAGACAAAAAUAGUAAGAAGCCAGUUGUAAGACCUCGUCUCAGGUUAAAUGUUUAAAAUCAAAGACGCACUAGAGUAGAUAUCACGUCACUCAAAUGGCUCGGUUUCGGAAAAUCAUUCCAAUUACAUAUUCUUAAAUGUCUGCACUUCAGAGAUAUCAAGAAAAAAAAAUAUUUUUUCCGAGACUAGAAUACCCCUAUCAACCAUCACUUAAGAGGCAUUUUUAAAUCACUGGAUAUGCAGAUUAUCUCUGAGAACCUCUGAAAGUUGAGCUGCAUACAAUCGAUCAUUCUGUUGGUUUUCUUGAUAUUGUAGCAAAAACAUUUUCUCAUCCUAAAUGAAGAUAUCGCAACCUGUUUGCCGCUUGAGUAGAUUACGACACCUUUGAACUCUUGAUUGUCAGUGAGACCAUGAGCGUGUUGUUUACUAUAUGCUGUAAGUUAAGUAAGCAAAGGCUUAUCGAAAAUCCCAUUAUUUACCGAGUUAUAGCAAUUUUAGUGAUGCGAUAUCUAAUCUAGUACGGCAUUAACACAAAACUUCACACAUUUCAAACUGCCAUACACGAUAUCUAAAUUUAUAUCGAACAGAUUAAUUUUAAACUUGCUGACCCGCCGAACUUCGUCCCGCUCAAAAUUUAUUUUUGAUAUGAAUUCUUUCGAACAUUUUCGUUUUCUUGCUAAGCGAAUGGGUUCAAUCGUAGAACUCGUCAUCGAUAGAUCUUCUAAUUAACCAUUUACAAUUUUGUUUUAUUAUAAUUUUCUUAUUACUACCACCCAGUGGCGUGGAGUGAAGCUUCCGCACUCGGGAAGAGGCGGAGAGUCGAUGUUUCCCCGUUACAUGGAAUACAUGUUUGAUACAGAAAAGUUAAAUUUCCAUUCAUAAUUUUUAUUUUCAAGGCUUUUGUUUAUAUUUUAUUUUAUUAGGAAAUUUUAUUUAUUCAUUUUUUUUUAUUUUCAAUAUUCCACCUGAAAAUUUAAUGCCUUUUUCACUUCACAUUAACGGCACACGAAGCCGUAAACGCGAAAUCCAACUGGUCUAACAACAAUGUCGUUGUAGAACACAUGGGAUUUUUUAUCAAACUAUCUCUCAAAGCUUCUAAAAGAUUUCAAUAUUUUAAAACUCAUAAACACAAAUUUUUUUUUGCGUAAAAAAAUCUAUAGUAGAUCAUAUUUUUGAUGAGAAAACCGAAAAACAUAACGGUAAUUAUUCAAAGUCACGGAAUUUUUUUCAUGCCUCAAAAUCAUUUUUCUUUUGAACUGCUCGUAGUAGUUAUUCCGUAUGACCGAAAGCAUAAAAACAAUUCUGGUUUGGCUGCAGGUGUAAAUUGAUGUCGCAUUUAAAGAAUAUGACAUGCGUUUCCGAUGUGAAUUUCGGGUUUUUGCAAGUCCUCUCCCCGAAGUAUCUGGAAAAUGAUUCAUUCUAUCAUGCCUGACAUCAGAGGGUGGAACAUACGCUCGCUUCAAAGUGGAUGGUUUCCUGGGCUUGAUAGAAUUUCGUAACCUCAGUCCGAAAGCUCGGUAAAUGAACAUUUAAAUGAGGAUUUCAAAAAAAAAUUUGAUUUGCUUUAUGUUUUUAAAUUCAAUAGACUCCGAAUCAGUUUUGUCAGCGGAUCCAGUGAACUUUCCGAGUACUACAAGUAUGCCUCACCCAUUUGACUGUUCUCCAAUCUCAGCUAUUUCUUCUUCUUCAAUGGCACUAACGUUCUUAGAGGAACUUCGCCGUCUCAACGUAGUAUUACUUGCGUCAUUUUUAUUAGUACUUAAUUGAGAUUUCUAUGCCAAAUAACACGCCUUGAAUGCAUUCUGAGUGGCAAGCUCUAGAAUACGCGUGAUCACAAUGCAAGUCGGAGGAAAUUUCUUUGACGAAAAAUUCCCGACCAGAAAGGGAAUCGAACCCGAACACCCGGCAUAUUAGUUAUGACGCUAACCACUCGGCCACGGGAGCACAUCUCAGCUAUUUAGCGGUAUCUUUUUUUUUGUCUUCAAUUUCCUGAUCAUUGUAGUAUUCACCAUCGCUUCCGAAGUCAUCUUCAGGAUCUACUUCGUCAUGUCCCCAUACCGUGCUGGAAAACGAACCUAUCAAAAACACAAAAAUAGACUCAAUUUCUGCAAUUUGUUUUUUGACUUGUCCAAAGUUCAUAUCGUAGCGGCAUCUUUGCUGAUCCAGAAUCUGUUCGAAAUAAAAAUUCUGAAAAAAAUAUAUAAAAAUAUCCCUUAAAAUUUCCAGCAAGUUUUCCAUACAUCGGACGAUGGGCACAUUUGCAUGAAAAAGUUUUUCGAACAACAACUUUUUCAUGUUUUUCUUUGAAAAAAUGCUAUGAAUAUUCAAUUCGUCACAUUUUUUGUUUAAAUUAUCGCAUUUUAAAUGCUCAGCUAACUUUUCUCUAUUUAUAAACAUGUCAAGAACAUGUCAAAUGUGAAAAUUUACACACAAAAAUGUUACGAGCAAAACAUUAUUUUUUUUCAGGAGUAUUCAUACAAAAAUGACAUAUAUUCCAAAACCUAUAAAAGAUAGAAAGUUGACGUCUUCGACAAAAGUUUAUAUUCUAACAAGAUCUAAAACUUUGUCGAAUACACUAUAUCGCUAUCUUGACUUUAAACAAAAUUAGGAGAAGUUGUAUUUUUUUCAAAGACAACAUGAAAAAGUUGUUGCUCGAAAAACUUUUUCCCUGUAAAAGUGCCCAUAUUCCCAUGUAUGGACGACUUGUUGGAAAUUGUAAGGGCUGUUCAUAGAUAUAUUUUUGGGAAUUUAAAAAAAAAUACUUUUUUGAGAAAAAUGAAUUUUUAUUUUUCAAAUAACCUUUUUUGUCAGUGAAUUUUUUUUCCAAAAUUUUUUGGGUUAUUUUUAGUAAAACAAACAAUUUCCUACAUUUUCCUACAUUUCAUCCUUUGACAAGAAUUUUGUAGGUAUCGUAGUUUUUAAGUCAUAAAUUUUUGUAAAAAAUUUAGAAAUUUUUUUUUGGCUUUUUCCAAAAAGUAGUCUAAUUGUUUUUCGAAUAUUUCAAGUAUGCAAAGUUGAUUAAAUGACCCAUGUCUUUACACCCACAACGUUUCACUACUAUCUGAGAUGGUGCUGCCAACUCCUAACACGAGUUGCCAUGAAAUUCGUCAAAAGGAAGAAAUCGACGCAGUUCAACAACCCAAUGCAUUAUUAAAUAUUUAAGAAAAAGACGAAGAAUGUACAAGAAAGCAACCACAGAAAUAUUCUAAAGCCACAAGAAAAUUUCAUGUCAUCUUAUCAAAUUAAUAAAAAACCAAUAGUAAUCGGAAAAAAUAAACUAAAGUUACAAUGAUUCAAAACAAAACAACCAACUAAUGUGAUUUCCUCAACAGUAUAAAAAAACAAACAAGAAAAAUCUCCCUUUGUCAUAUUUAUUCAUUCACGUUAUGCUUUCCAUCUUUUUUAUUUGAUUCUUGCUGCAAACAUCCACAAACCGCGACAACGUCUCCGCGCACAUAAUGAAAAUAACAAUCGUAAUGCGACGAAAUUAAUUUUGAUUAAGACAAUCAGUUGUUGAGGGGAGGAAUGAACCAGCAAAAAAAAGGAUGACGACAGUAUCGCAAAGUAUCGUGGUGAUCACGCGGAGGAAGGAUAACUUGAUUUCGGGAAGGUGUCAGAAGAGCGCUUGGGCCCGAAGAGCGAAGGACAGCAAAUGAUGGAAUACUUCACCGUGAAUAGAAUAUUAUUUUAAAUGAUGCUCUCGGUUCGGGAGCAGCAUCGUCAAAUAUUGGCCGACAAAAGUCAACGCCUGGGGAUGGGAGUGACUGUCAUUUGUUACUGGAGCGUGAAGGAGAUAAAUCGAAUGAAAAGAUUCCUCCCCUUUCUCCCCCUCUGAUUCCCGGGUCGACUUUGCAAGGCGAGUAGAUUAUGUCCAGGUCAAAUGACGCCGACAUUUUCGCCAACGCCAUUCGCGUGCUCCGAGCGAAUUUCCCACAGACUAAUUGAAUUUGUUUUUAUGUAUAAUUCAGCGAAGAAUAAGAAGAAGAAAAAAAACGCUGAUAUGAGAGCGGUAAAUAGGAAAACAAAAUCAAGUGUAAAUUUCGAAACUCUAGUAAAAAUAAGGUUGUGAAGAAUGCUACGAAAAUCAACAUGGCAUAACGCGUGUAAUUGGGUGAAAGGUACUGAUGACCCCAUUGGUUUGGGGGAAGUCGGAAGCAUCCUGUGAAUUGGGCGGACACGAGCUACUGCAGAUGAAAUCAGAGCAUAGACUUACAUGCUGUAAAUAGUGAGAAAGUAAAAAGAGCGAGAUGGAGAAAUACCCAAUAACGCUGUCACUGAUGUACGUUUUGAUUGAACUAGUCCUUAAGAAUGCCGUAGAUUUUAAGAUGAAACGACUAACCUGUACCAUAAAUCGAUGCAAUGAAGCAAGUGUAUGACUAGGCUGUAAGAAGAACAAAUUCAUCUUCAAUUUUCAUUCGAAACAAAAACACACACAAAUUACACAUACUUCCAGAAAAAACAUAAACACAAUCAAUCUCGUUGCACCUUUCGCAAGAAAAAAAAACCACAGCAAAACUCUUCCACCUCACUAACGAAUACAAUAUAUUUACGCAGGUGUACAUAUAGGUGAACACACGAAUUGUGCGUAGGCAAAUGUUUAAACAGUAAUACCUAAUUAACGAAUGAAAAAUGAGUAAUCCUACCCGCAAACAAAAUCCGACAAAAAGUAUAUUGAAAAACAAAGAAAAAAAAACACAGCGUCGAGCCGUUGGCUGACAACGUAUACAUUUUUGUUUUAUCGAAUCGUCAAAUAAAAAUGUGAUUCUCAGUAGUUAAGAAUGAAUUGGAGGCGACCCAGGAGACAUAGACACAAAUACAAAAUGAAACAAUAAAAGGAUAUGUUUCAUACAACGUUAUAGGUGGUGAUAGACGCAAAUUGGCGGAAAACCCAGGUUAAAUAGGCUUCGAAAUGAUUUUUCAGCUGGAGAUGCGAUGGUUUUGUUUGGAAGGUGUUGUUUUCAGGAAAUAUGUGGUGAAGCUAUCAAACUGCUUAUCACGAUUACUCGCUUCGGUUUCUAUAUUGUGUAGAUUGUGUAUCAAUCCGCUAAUCCAACGUCAUGUCUAAUUCAUGAAUAUUUAUGAUUCAAUUGAACAAAACAUUUUUUUUAGAAAUACAUGGUGAUGAAAUUCAACAGGAGUCAUUUGAAAAUGACAUUGAAUCGGUUUUCAAUUGUAACAACAUCGAUAACGAGGGAUAUAUUUAGUAACCAGGUUUGAACCUUGAAAAAAAUUAACCAACAGAAUUUUUCAAUUUGGCUGACGACGUAAAAGUAAACAACUUUAAAUUUAACUCGUUCCAACUGGAAAUAAACAUAAAUUCUGUUGAAAUAUGACAAAUGAAUUGUUUUAUAAUAUGUUCAUCAACUUACAGUUUUUUUGUGAACAGUGAUAACAAUACUUAUGUAGCUUCAGUAAUCGUGAUCAAUAUUCAAUUCAAUCCCAAGCUGCUGGGAACAACAUCUUCCCAUAGAAACCAUUAUCCAAACCAGUGAGAAAUGAAACACUUAGUAUAGGAAAAUUUUGAGGAAAACUGUAGACUGAACUUCGAAGCGAAGUGGAAAAAGAAGGACGAGUAAAAGAAGAGCGGGAAAAAAUCAUAUGUUAUACAAUAAGUACCAAAGCGAUCGAAACCUUUGCAGCUCAUACCCAUUCCCAGUAUAUAUGUGUAACCAGCCCCGAGAUGCGAGGAAAAAAAACCAAAACAAAACCUAUAACCAAAGUAAAUAAAACCCAUGGAACGGACGCGUGUGAUUGUUUGGCUGAAGCAAUUCCCGUUAAAUGUGACCAUGUUUUUUGCUGUUACCACUGACUUGGAGUAUUUGAGAUUUGCGAAAGGUCGCCAGACUCUUGGUUCUACCAAAAUGGGGAAAAGAAUCACUUUUUUCAGUCACGAGUGAGCAAUUUCUCGAGUUAUACGUGUAGAGCAAUCUCUGUAAAUGGGCUUUCAAAUCAAGAGAACAAUUGAUACUCCCAAUUCUCCUCGUCACCCCUCUGUACUCAUAGUUGUAAGUGAAAAAAUUGGAAAUUGUGUACAUAAUAGCGAGUAAGAUCACAAACUAAUACAAGAAACAAAACAAAAAUCGACGCCUGGCUGAAAUUGAAACUGAAAUCGCUGACGUGAUUCUUAUGUCGUGAAUCUUAAUUAGGACGAUAAGGGUGUAAAAUAAAAAAAAGGCAGUUGUGAACUAAUGCCGAUUCGAAUCCCUCUCUAACUUGAUCUUUCCCGUAGUGAACCACAUUUACGUAACAUAAAAAAAACAAAUGGAGAAAAAUAAAAUCACUUCAAUUACUUGAAACACUCAUUUCCCAUCAUUCGGCCUUUGCCUGAUAAACUUGAGCAGCACCUAUUCCCCCUAAUGAGUGGUGUAGGACUCGGUGAAGCUGACGAAAUGUGCUAGGUCAACCUGAUAUUAGAGCAGAGUAAACCAAAUUUAUGUGGAGAAAUAAAUAUUCGUAGCGUUAAGUAAAUUUGGGACAACAG